UAUGCUGCGUUCACACCAAACGCGAAUAGAGCGUCUGGCGCGAAUGAUUUCAAUGUUAAGUCAAUGUAAAGACGCGUUUACGCGCGUCUGGAGGUCUCGCGGCGCGAAUGAGGCGUUUAGCGCGGCGCGGAAGACGCGAAUUCGCCUCAUUCGCGCGUCUAGUUCGCGCGAAUGACGCGAAUUGACGCGCGAAUUACGCGAAUUGAGCGUUUCGCGCGAAUGGUGCUUUUUGUGCAUUUACGCGUUUGACGCGAAUUCGCGUCUGACGCCCGAGUUGAAAAAUUUUAACUUUGGCGUCAAUUCGCGCCGCGUUAACCAAUCAGGAGCCUGCUUGCUGCUGUGGCGGCAGGCCCGCCCGGAGUCACUCAUUCUAAAUGGAGGAACGACUGAUAUUAUCAGUGAGCAGUCACCCAGAGAUUUAUGACACAAGUUCAUAUUUCUAUAGAGACAGGAAUAAAAAGGACCUCGCUUGGAAGAGUGUCGGUGAGGAGAUUGGGCAACCUGAGGACGUGUGCAGAAAAAAGUGGAAAAGCCUCAGGGACACCUACCUGAAGGAGAAGAGGAAGGAGAUGGAGAAGAGGAGUGGGUCAGCAGCAGGGUCAGUGAAGAAGUGGAAGUACUCACAGAUCCUGGGAUUCCUCGAGCCCUUCGUCACCCCACGGGAGACCACCAGUAACAUGGGGGGGGUCGAGGCCCAGGUCAUAGAGUACAACCACCCCAGGGACCAGGGAGAGGGAGAGGCGAAAGCAGGGGAUACGGAAACAGAGCCUACAGAUAAUGAAGAGACUGAUCCUAGAUCCCCUGCCGCUUCUCCUGUCUCCCCAGUCCCUGGUCCUUCACCCCCUGCUGCUGCACCCACAGGCCAACAGAGGAGGAGAGGCACCCGGCGUCCCCGUGAUGGUCCGUCGGAGGUGGAGCAGACGCUGCUCGAGCUCCUGAGGCGUCCUCCAGCCCCACCACCACCACAGUCUGCUGAUGAGCACUUCCUCCUCAGCCUUCUGCCUUUUCUGCAGAGCAUGCCGCCUCAUACAAAAGAAAUUAUAAAAUUUAAAAUGUACAAAUUGGCGAUGGAAAACAGCACCGUUGUGCUAAAUUUGGAACAAUCGGACCCCCACAGCCCACAGUAGGCUUUAAAAAAAAUGAGGCAGCAGGCUCUGCAGGAAACGCAGAAUGCCCUCCUUCCUCUUCUCCUACAUUUUGUUCCCUGAGGCUCUUCCACGUUCCAAGCGAGGUCCUUUUUAUUUCUGUCUCUGUAUGUAAAUAGUUUGUACAUGUUGUAUUUUUUUAAGUUUAUAUUCAAAUUAUUUUAUGUUUGGCCUGAAUAAAUUAUUUUGAAAUAUGACUAAAUGCCUGGUGUGGUUCUAAUGCACAACAAAGCAAGUGUUUUAU